AUGGCGCCGACAGAAAAUCCUCUUAUUCUGCAGGAGCUUGCGGAUUAUGAGAACAUGCCGAACGUCGUGGAAUUAACAGAGAAAGAUUUACUGGACGACGGCUUUGGGGCUCAUCCAUACUACCGCUGCCUUAUAGCGGAGCUGCCAGACACUGGGGGCAGCACUGGCAGCACAAAAGUAGGAUUCGCCAUGUAUUAUUUCACGUAUGACCCCUGGGCUGGGAAAUCUCUUCAUCUGGAGGAAUUCUUCGUCAUGGCGCCGUAUAGAGGUUUAGGAAUCGGAUCAGCAAUACUAAAGACGAUAAGUCAGGUGGCCAUUGAACGACGCUGCAGCUCCUUGUACUUCCUGGUCUUGUCCUGGAACACGGCCUCCAUAGAAUACUACAAGAGGAGGGGCGCUGCCAAUCUAUCGGAGGAGGACGGCUGGCAUCUUUUCAGAUUCUCUCAGGAUGAUCUGAAGCGGAUGGCAGACGGAGUCUUGCACCAGUGA